AUCCAAUAAAGAAGCUCAAAUAACCAGAUAAUCUUAUGAUCAUUAGGUUAAUUAAUAUGACUUAAAUAAUCCAAAUCAUUAUAAAUAUGUCCUGAUAUGUUCCAUGUGCGUCAAAGAGUUGCGUUUGUAUGUUCUUAAACUGUCGGCCAUCAAUUGAAAGAGAAGGAAAAAACAAUGGAGGAAGAGUCUGUUACAAGUCAUCUGUUACCUGCUCAAGGAAGAGGAAGAUCCUUCUUCAUUAGCCCAGGUUUUUUCUCAAGGUUUUGGAUCGAGUCAAAAGCUCUCUGGAAAAUUGCAGGAGCUGCAAUCUUCAGCAGGCUUGCAAUCUAUGCUUACAACGUCAUUACUCAGGCAUUUGUAGGACAUGUGGGUGAUUUGGAGCUUGCUGCUCUUUCCAUGGUCAUUAGCGUUGUUGUGGGUUUCACUUCAGCCAUCAUUAUAGGAAUGGGUACAGCUCUUGGUACAUUAUGUGGACAAGCUUAUGGUGCACAAAGACAAGAGAUACUUGGAAUUUAUAUGCAACGCUCUUGGAUUAUUCUCUCUAGUAGCACAGUGGCUCUUACACCCUUCUAUUUCUUUACCACACCUAUCUUAAAGUUAUGUGGCCAACCUGAUGAUAUUGCAAAGUUAUCGGGCAAAGUAUCUUUGUGGUGUAUUCCUAUGCUCUUCUGUUUCGUAUUAUUUUUCACUCUUAAUAGAUUUUUGCAAUCACAAUCAAAGAAUUUUGUAACUGCAUGGUCAUCAGCACUUGGGGUUGUAUUCAAUGUUCUCUCAUGUUGGCUCUUUGUGUCCAAAUGGAGUAUGGGCCUUGAGGGCGCUCUUAUUUCCUUAAAUGUAGGAUGGUGGACUCCUGUGAUUGUUCAAUAUGUAUAUGUUACAUGUGGGUGGUGUCCGGAUGCAUGGACUGGAUACUCAAUGGAAGCAUUUGAAGAUAUUUGGCCCUUUCUAAAGCUAUCUGUGGCUUCUGGUGUCAUGAUUUGGUUAGAGAUUUGGUAUUAUAGAUUACUAGUUCUACUCACAGGAAAUAUAAAAGAUGUAGAAGUUGCUGUUGAUUCGCUUUCUAUUUGCUUAAACAUCAAUUCAUGGGAGAUGGCCAUUCCACUUGGUUUUCUUGCUUCAAUCAGUGUGAGAGUUGCAAAUGAACUUGGAGCAGGGAGGCCUGAGGAGGCCAAAUUUGCAGUGAUUGUCUCUGUCAUAAACUCCACAAUUAUAGGACUUGUGCUCCUAGUUCUUAUUUUGGCCUUGCGUAGUGAUUUGGCUCAAGUUUUCACAGACACUAUUAUCAUACAAAAGGCUGUUUAUAAAUUACUAAUAUUACUAGCAUUCACUAUUCUACUAAAUAGCAUACAACCAGUUCUUCUAGGUGUUGCUGUGGGAUUGGGUUGGCAAGCUUUUGUAGCAUAUAUAAACAUUGGAUGCUACUAUAUAAUCGGUGUUCCUCUAGGCAUGAUUCUUGGUUAUCUAUUUAAUUUUGGAGUCACGGGAAUAUGGUUGGGAAUGAUAUGUGGGACUGGAGUCCAAACCUUAGCAUUAAUGUUUAUCACAUGGCGAGUAGAUUGGGAUAUGGAAGCAAAAAAUAUAGAAAAUAAAUUGAAGAAAUGGUCCUCUGUGAAGCCUCAAAAUGAAAAGAACAAUCAUGGUGUUGCGAAUUUGGAGGAUGGUGCAGUAGAACAAAGUAGAUGACAAAUUGACAUCGCAAGAUAGGGCAGAAGCCUAUCUACAUCAUCUUGUUCAUAUUGGGAAGACAAAGUAUAACUCUAUCCAUAUUAUGCAUGAUCUGGAUCAAACAACAAGGGAUCUGGAUAUUGUUAACCAACUAAAAUCAGUUCUUUCCUCGAAUGAAACCAGGAUCGUGAUCUACUCCAUCACGGGUGGAGAAAAUUCCACAAGCCUCAGCACUCCAAAAGAUACUAAUACUCAAAUCAUGCAACUUGAACCUGCCAAUUUUAGCCUGUUGAUAAAAAAAUAUUCAACCCACCUAUGUUUAUGAA